GGCUUGCUGACGUACCACGAACAUUAAUUGUGUUCAGCAGUCCCAAUUCUGUGUAGAAAACUUCAAUAAUCGAAUGAAUCCGAUCUAUUAUCAAUAAACUCAAAGUCACUACAAUGAAAACGUUUAAAACGGGGUUCAGCAAAUCAUUACCGCACCCAACACUUCAUGCAGACGAUGGUAACAACGGUAAUCUGGGUGCGAACUUACAGAUGUGCCAAACCAAGUUGUCUCGGGGGCAGAAAUCUAAACGCCGGAGACGUCACCGUCGUAAGACUAAAGCUGUGACCAUUGCGGCGGCUGCGGUAGCAGCGGCAUCAGCCGCGGCGGAAAAGGCUCCGGAAGUGGCGACAGUCCCGACAGACCCUGAAUGUCCAAAUGUUAUUUUCAAUGAAGUCGCUAUUGAAGCCAAGACAAGCGAACCACGUCCAGACGGUGGCAACACCGGUAUACCGGAUGGUCCGGAUGCCGCCGAUGUCGGUUCAAAGGUGCGCCGUCGCAAGGCGUCCGGCUCGCGCCUGAAGCCUUCACGUCUGAGGCGUAUUGCGGCUAGAGCUGCGGCUAGGGCUGUGGCCACGUCGUCACCAAAAACAAAGGAACCGGAUCCUGAAAACAUUAACUAAAUUAAUU